AUGUUGUCUCCUGUUCAGACGAUUGUGCUCUCGGGGGGUGAUUGGGAGGGCUAUGAGCUACGUGUGUCCGGCGACCCUACGCUCGAAAGGAUCAAUGAAAUGCUCGGCCUCCGCACCGCCAACGACGCCAACGAUAGCAUCAGCACCAAUACUAACACCAAUGACAUGGAUUUGGACAGCGCCAAAGGCAUGAACAGGGCUGCUGAUAGUGAAGAGAAAGCUGAAGUGGUCCUUACCAUGAUCGAUGGGAAGUUGCAUUAUUGGGAAAGGAGCGGACACAUCCGUCCCGUGAAAGCCACACCAGAGGAGCUCAAACAAUGGGUCAGGGACGAGUGCCGGGAUACGCGCAAGAAGGAUGAAUGGAUCAAGUGGCUGAUGGAGGCCCCGUUGGACCCGAACCAAUUCGGCGGCGCUUCUAUGACGCCUCACAGUGACAUUGAAUCCCCAGAAGGGUUAAAGUCGGCAGUUCACCAGUCCCUCGAUGAUCUGAACAACAUGUAUUGUGACAUGCAAUGUUUCAAGGUCGAGAGAAAUAUGAAGCUGGACGAGGCAUUGCAAUUGGACUUCAACUAUCGAUCGGCCAAAAAAGACGUCGAGUGGUACACCAUGGUCAUCGGCAAAUCCCUCGAGAAGGAUGGCGAGUCUUGA